CACGUUCAGCCGCGGAGAGGACGGCGAGGGCGGGGUGGAUCCAGCCGGUGUCUCCUCUCUGCUGCAGCGGCCAUGCUGCGCCCCGCCGCCUCUCACCGCGCAUCCCGCUCCUCCGCAGGUGGAACCAGCCGCCGCUGCAUCCGUGCAACCUGGGUUAAAGCACAGGCCUGGUGCGGUUAGGCUCGGUCGUAGCGGUGAACCCGAACUGGAUCCGCUGGAACAGUCCGGAACGCGGCGGCGGUGAGGGGGGAGGAGGAGGAGAAAGCCUCCUUAGCAACAAACCGGUUUCACGGCAUUAUUGGAAUGGACAGGACACUGAGGACUCUAGAGGAUUAAACUGGCCUGAGAGAAAAAGCCCCAAAAUGGACUGGAUCACAGGGAUAAUGGUUUAUUGAUUUGGGUUUAAAGCAGGGCUACUUUUGCUUGGUCUGUUCAGCGACGUACUGCCUUCGAAAGCCAGACAACUGAGGUUAUGGUGGGGUCACUGAGACUGCAGUGUAGCCUGAGAGACGUGACUAAAUCAUGAAGCAGAAGAUUGACGGUAGGAGGUCUGGAAAGCUUGGCAGGCUUUCUUAGUAUUCAUCUAGAACUCUAUUCUGACGGGUCAUUAAGGUUCUAGACUGGCUCACCAACACUAUCUUACUUCUUAGUUUAUUGAAGUGGAGAAAAGGGCUAUUUUAAGGUCUAACCGUGCCACUUUGAUAGAGGACCACUGGAUUUACACUGUGCCCUGAUGCAAAGACAUAUUCCUGAACCACAUUUGUCACACUUUUAUUGAGAUUGGACCAGAAUUAGACACUUGAUUACAACUGGAUUUUGUUUUCCCUGAUAUCAUUUGAGGACCUCAAGUGACUGCUUUGAACGGGAAAAUCAUGAGGAACUUCAAAACCCUUUAGCACGACGUUAAACAGGUGUUUGGACUACAUUACAAAGAAUUAACUAGUUUCUGCUAUUGGAAUAUGAAUCAAAAAACUGGAUGAACUUUGAGUGAACCUAUUUCACCAUGUCUCUCAGUAAGACCCUUGAGUUGGAGCAUUUCGACGAACGAAACAAGGUUCGCAGGGGACGCUCUGCCCGACCUAAGAGAGAUGACUCCACUGGCAGCGGUGGGGGGUCUGGCCCCAGUUCCAGGGGCAGCAGCCUGGUUCCCAGUCCUGCCCAUAGCGCCAACUGUAGCUACUACAGGACCCGCACCCUGCAGGCCCUCACCUCAGAGAAGCGAGCCAAGAAGGUUAGGUUCUAUCGCAACGGGGACCGGUACUUUAAGGGCCUGGUGUAUGCCGUUUCUAGUGACAGGUUCCGGUCGUUUGAUGCUCUGCUGAUGGAACUUACCCGAUCAUUGGCGGACAACCUUCAUCUGCCGCAAGGAGUUCGUGCAAUCUACACCAUAGAUGGCAGCAAGAAGAUUACCAGUAUGGACGAGCUGGUGGAAGGCGAGUGCUACGUUUGUGCCUCAAACGAGCCUUACCGGAAGGUCGACUACACCAAGAUCUCUGUCCUGAGCUGGAAGCCCGGCGCCAGCUCUGGGGCCGGCACGUCGACCUCUAGCCGCACCCCAACGGCUUCAACCGGAGUGCCGACGAGCACCAGUGUUGUCUCUAAAGAUCGGCCCGAGGGUCGGGAGGGCAGGGAGAGCAAAGACUUCAUCAAACCCAAGCUGGUGACGGUGAUCCGGAGCGGCGUGAAGCCUCGCAAGGCUGUAAGAAUCCUGCUCAACAAGAAGACGGCCCAUUCCUUCGAACAAGUGCUGGCGGACAUCACGGAGGCCAUCAAACUGGACUCCGGUGCAGUGAAGAGGCUGUACACGCUGGAUGGAAAGCAGCUGACCUGCCUGCAGGAUUUCUUCGGGGAUGACGACGUGUUCAUGGCGUGCGGUCUGGAGAGGUUUCGCUACGCUCAGGACGACUUUGAGCUCACGCAUUCUGGGAAAACUGCGGCCUUCGUGAGCGAAUGUAGGACCAAAUCGUCUCGUCCAGCUGCUCCUCAGAAAACUCCCAAGACUCCCAGCAGCUCUGGCUUCUCCUCCUCUAAGACUCCACCCAAAGGCCUGUCUAGGACCAGAUCACCUGGUUCAGGCAAUGAGGCCUCAGGAUCCCAGUCAGCAGGAAAGUCAAACAGAUCCAGUCCGUCUCCCACCAGUCCCGGGACACAACGCAACCUAAAGAUCUCUCCUCGCCAGGCCUCCUCCACCGAUGUGAACGGCGAAGCCGAGCAGCCAGACGACGCUGAGGAAGUGAACGGAAACCGGACCGUCUCCUCGUCCACCAUCAACGACAAGUACAAGGUCGGAAAGGUGAUCGGAGACGGAAACUUUGCUGUGGUGAAGGAGUGUGUGGAGAGGUCGACAGGAAUGGAGUACGCUCUGAAGAUCAUUGACAAAGCUCGCUGCUGUGGGAAGGAGCACCUGAUAGAAAACGAGGUGGCGGUCCUGAGGAGGGUCCGACAUCCCAGCAUCAUCCAGUUAAUCGAGGUGGACGAGACGCCCACUCAGCUGUUCCUGGUCAUGGAGCUCGUUAAGGGUGGUGAUCUUUUCGAUGCCAUCACCUCCUCCACCAAGUACAGCGAGCGAGACGCCAGCGCCAUGGUGUUCAACCUGGCUGGAGCCAUCAAAUACCUGCACCGGAUGAACAUUGUGCACAGAGACAUCAAACCAGAGAACCUGCUGGUGUGUGAGUAUCCGGAUGGCACCAAGUCCCUGAAGCUGGGGGAUUUUGGUUUGGCGACGGUGGUGGAAGGUCCGCUGUACACCGUCUGCGGCACACCGACGUAUGUCGCGCCGGAGAUCAUCGCUGAGACCGGUUACGGUCUGAAGGUGGACAUCUGGGCCGCAGGAGUCAUCGCCUACAUCCUGCUCUGUGGAUUCCCUCCUUUUAGAAGUGAGAACAACGUCCAGGAGGAGCUGUUUGACCAGAUCCUCAGAGGGAAGCUGGAGUUUCCUUCUCCGGACUGGGACGCCAUCAGCCUAUCAGCAAAGAUGCUGAUUAGUCAGAUGCUUCAGGUGAAUGUGGACGCCCGGUUCACGGCUGAGGAGGUCCUCUCCCACCCCUGGGUGACGGACGAGGCACCAGGAGAAUCCAACAGUGUGAGCGGCCCUGAAGAUCACGCCGGUGAAGGCGCGCAGGAAUCAGAUCACGACUCUCCAGCCCUGGAGACCAAACAGGUUCCCUCACCACUGGUCUAGGUCGCCUUUCAUUCUCCUUUCAAUGUGACGCCCCACCCACCCACUGGUCUGAAGAAGUCAACUAGACCAACAUGAUCCAGUCUGGAGAGCAACUAGGAGCCAAAUAAUCCUCCUCAGGUCUACUCUUCAACAUCUCCAUUUAUCUGCUGGAAACCAAUCAUCUUCAUAUUCUCUGACCUGCUCCAGUACAUCGUCUGGAAAGUCAAACUAAAAUCUAGACUGAUUUUAUUAACGGUUAACUUCUGGAACAAUCUAGAAGACUUAUGUUCCUCAACUACUGACUGAAUACAUCAUAUCAAGUGUUGUUCCUCCUAGAGACCCGUCCAGCUCCUUGAUGUUAGAAAUAAAACCCAACCAGGCAGCGAUAGACAGACAAAUCUGCUGAGUACUUCUAGAUGUCUUCAGUACAUCUACAGUAUCUCUUCUCAGCUCUAGUCAGAAAUGUCACAUAGGUUUCAGAAGUUAGGCCUUUCUAUCAGAAAGGUUCUCAAAUAUCCCGUCAUCUAAAUACAUGGUGCUUAAAAACUGAACCAAGUCCAGUUUCUCACUUCUAGAACAUUUUACACCUUAGGUCUUGAUCUUUAAAACUGAUCUAGAGCUGGUUCCCGUUUCAAUGGAAGCUAAGCAAAUACUCUCAGAUCUUCUUCCAGAACAUCUUUGUAUCUUAUAUCUGGAAACUACAUGAGAUUCCAUUAUUUUAAACCCAAACACAAUUUAUUUCCUCUUCUUUGAUUUUCUUUCCUUACUUUGUUAUUCAGACAUGGAUUCAUUUUCGUGGGUACUGAUUCCACUGGUAACGGACCAGCUUCUCCAGUAUUAUAUCCAGUUUAUCUCGUGGAAAGUGUCUCCAUCCUCUGGUCCAGAGCGUGUGCCAGUUAAUCUCCUGAAGGUUUUGCACAAGGCCCGUCUCUACUGCUGAUGGGCUCUGUUAAAAAGGCUCGACUGAAAUCAACCCCUGCUGCUUGAAGGAACGCAGGGACACCAGGAAGGUGCUAUUGGACUCAUCCGACUGGACCGCACUGCCCGGAUACAUUGCCAUGGUUGUACCUCUGAUGGUUGUAAAAGGGAUCCGACUCUGAUUUAAUUACUGGAGAACACGCAGCUGAAUCCUUCAGAGCUGCUCUGGGUCAGGAAUAUCUUCCAUUUAUCUGAAGAUUUGUCCCAUUUCUUUCUCCUCCAUCUCUCCUUUGCUGGCCCUGAAGACUCAUUUCUUCUUCUUGCCAUCCACCAGCCGAGAUUGUGCUGCUGAUUCAUUCAUUCUUAAAUCUUCACCAAUGAUUCCAAAGGUCUAAUUACCAUAACCUUUUAUUUAUGUUCCCUAUACCUGAGUUACGUCCAGACUUCAUUUUUAUUACCUGGACAGUUCAAGCAUCGCUUCGGGGUUCCUGCUGAAGGACUGAAGUUAAGGACCAUGCUCCAGUCCAACCUCCGAGCUCGUUGCUUUUCCUCACUUUAUAUCAUUUUAGAUAAAAGGAAAAGACGUUGUAAAUACUGUAAAUACUGUUCAGUCUGUCAGUGUCUGUGCGAGUCUGUUGUGAAGUAGGGAAAUAGUAGCAGAUUGAAAAAUAAGUAGUGUUCCAAAAACAAGAACAAUCUCAUCGUAGACGCCUGGUGUCGGCACCCGGGAAAAAAAUCCUACCUAAAGACUUUUCUGGGAUGAAGAAAAGGAUUUUCCACAUCAUUAAUGAUCCAUUUUGACAUUUAAAAUGUAACUUCAGUAGUUAGGUAGUUGAUAAAUAAAUAAAAAACGGAGAUAUUUGGGAUUCAGGGUUUCUGGUGGGUGUUGACGACCUGUAAUGGAAGGAUUCUCUGACACAUUUUGGUAGCAAACACAUUAAUGAAUCUCUUUCUUUAUAUAAUCAUGUUACAUCCAACAAACGUACGUCUCCAUUUGCACUUUCCGUGAAACUGUUAGUCUAAAGGUGCGUGUCUGUUUGACGUUUUAGCUUUUGGAGAAGAGGAAUGUCUGAGAUGGGUGUUUGGAACCAGGAGAAAGCAGUUUCUGUCUAUUAAAACUUGAAAAGAAAGUGUCUAAAUAAACGCAUUGAACUGAUGCAGUGAUGCGACCUUUCCAUGGCCUUGACCUUUGGUUGGAGCUGCUCAUUAAGAGUUUGGCUGAAGCUAUAAACGUUGAAUUGGAUCUGUCAAGUAAGCUCACAAAUGCUUCGAAUUCAUUCAGUGAAAGGCACCAUUAGUUUGUCUUAGCUGGGGUUGUCUUACUAAUAAUGAGUUAUUUCAUUGGACCGGAUAAAGGUGAAGGUCCAAUCCUUUGGUUUUCUCAGGUAGAGAACUUCGUUUUUUAGGAAUGAGUUUUUUCUAAGCAUAAUCACCAGGUCUGGCUCAAGGUUGUAUGGGGCCUUCAGCAGAAUUUGAUUUGGGGCCCCUCUUGCUGUUACAUCACCACCAUUAACAGCGUUUCAACCCAGAUUUGGUGGAAUCUGGGAGAGGGGUCUGCUUUAAUUGGCUGACCUUAAUAGCAAACACGGAUAAUUGGGUAUUAAUUGUUGAGAUAUAUGAACAAACCGAGCUCAAGGAGAAAGAACGAUUAAACUCAUAGCAUCAGAUUGAAACUAUGUCAAACAGUGAAGAUUAUUCUUUAACAAAGUAAACUUGCUAAUUCCUUUGAAACAUGAAACUUUUCAUUUAUGUUUGCUGAAACCGUCCAAUCAAAUGUAAUACAAAUCACAUUUUAGAUUGAUGGUCUGUGGUCCUUAGCAGCCCUUAUUUCGCUUACGCCUUGGGCCGGCUCUGACUAUUACACGUUGUUGUGUUGGAGUCCUUUGGAUUUAAUUUAUAAGACAAAAUGGGCAAACAGUGAAGAAAGGACACAGAAUAAAUGUAACUUUAAUUGAACAAUAUAGGUUGAAUUAUUACAUAUCUGGAUACAGCUGAAUGCUACAUUUAAUAGACCAGUGAAAGUAUUUUUUACGUGUUGAUUUUGGGUACUUUACAAGCUUCAUGUUAUACUGUUUUGCUUGAAAGAAGCACCUUUAUUAAUGUGUUCAGCUGUAGGUACCCGUCUGCAGCCAAAGUGUUUAAGAAACUAACCAAUAUUAACCGAAUGACAUAUCAGUGGGACUUCAUUAGCCAGAAACAUGUAUCUGGAGAUUGGUAGUAAAAGUUUUACCCGCCUGUUUCCUCAGAUUGUUUUGUUGCCGUCUACUAAAAUCUUCCUCGUCACAUCUGAACUUAUUAACCAUCCCAGACUGCACUGUAAAAUGACCUUAGGUUUUGUUAUUGGGUCACCAACAGACCCGUCUUACUGAGGCCAAACUCUGGAUCAGCGGCUCGGCCUCUGACCUUCUAUGCCUGCUAUGAACCCAGUAGUCUUAAUUCUUUUCUCUUUGCUUUAUGCCAAACCAAGAGGAGCCUUCUGUUGUUGUUGUUCGUCCUGUUGACACCUGAGUCAAGACUAAAGUGGAAAUCUGUUCAGUUCACGGGAAUUUGGGUUAAAAACGUUGCUGCUACUUUGAUUUUACUUCAUCAGACAGUUAAAAAAUGCGCUUUAUGCCUAACAUAAAGAUAAACUCCUAAAUGGGGUGUUAGGAAAUCUUAAAGAAAUCCAGAAUAUGAACAAGCAAUCAUGCAUGCUGCAACAGUUAAAUGUAUCUGUAGUUGCAUUUAGGUUUAGUAAAUUCACCAACAUGUCUAAAAGUCUGAGCUUGAUUGUGUUGAUAGGAUUUUUUUAAUCUUUUUGUCAAUUUUGCUGCAUUUUCUUUCUCGCUGACAGGUCCCCAGUAUUAGUGGAGGAACACUCUCAUCUUUGUGGUUUCAGAAAGCUUGAGCUGGUUCUUUUUAAGCCAUUCUUGUUUUAUUGGCAUCCAGUGUCAGGCUUUUAUUGAAUCUUAGAUUGUGCAGAGCGGAGGUCAGAGAUAAAACCUGCACUGAAUUUUCCAACUAGAUUGACUCGGGUGGCUUUACGUAUUGGGCCCUGUGUGUGUGUGUGUGUGUGUGUUUACAUCACUUCAAGCCUCAUUAUUGAUCGCAAUUGAUUUUCAUUUGCAUGAAAUGAAAAAAAAAUAAUAAUUCUGAACUUAACUGGUCUAAUUUUUCUAAAAAUCAUGUUCAUUUUGCUCAUCUACAACAUAUUAAUGGCUGAAAUAUAUGCAAUAGAUCAUUUUGGGUUAAUAAUUUCCUUCCUGAGAUGCCUUUGAGAAAACAAGUCCAGUUCUGAAGUGAAGGAAAAGUGAAGACCGCAGCGUUUCUACUGACAUAUUUCAGACAUGUUUUAUGCUCACAAUAAGCUGUAAUGUUAAUGUGUGUUGAGUUAAAAACUUGUAUGUUUGCUGGGAUCUGGGAGGAAGUGGCAAAUCCCUCAUUUGUGUUGAGAAAAGAUGAAUUCAACUGUGAAAUAAAAGUCAUGCAGUGA